UGGCCUGAAUAAGAUAGCAGCAGCAGCAGAGGUGUCCUCCAAAUCAUCCAUUUUCCUUAUGAAACUGAAAGAUUACGGAAAAUAAGUAAAUAUUGGCAUUUGGCAGAUGCUAUUAAUAGAUGGGAGAUUUGUUACUAUUAAUAGAUUCUUCUCAGCAGAAAUAGUUCCAUAACGCCGUAAACAUACUCUGUGCUGGUCAACUGUAAACACCACCACUGGCCCAUCACUGAAGACAACACAAGAGCAGUAUCAUAUGAGGUGCAAUGGCUACAGCAUCAGAUUCAUCAUCACCAGAAUAUGUUACACUGGAAAAAAUGCUCAGUACUCUUGUUGACAAUUUAGCUGACCAUGCUGAUGUUAUUCCUCAGCUCAAUACUCAUCUAUUAUCAUCUGGCCUCAUUACUAGAGGAGAAUAUAAUACAGCUCAAAUUCCUAAGAAUCCUUAUGAAAGAUGUAAUAGUAUGCUGACUCCGGUACUAGCAAAGGUUAAAAGCAAUCCUGGCUGCCUUAAUUCUUUAAUUCAAUCAUUGAAAGAUGUAGGAUUAAAUGAUAUUGUUUUUAAACUAAAGGACAAGUUACAAAGUGAACAGCAGUCAAGAGAAAAUGAAAAAGAAUGUGACUACAAAACUGACUCAACCUAUGGCAAGAGCAGUCUUGUUUAUGGAUCAAAUACAUUGGAUGAUGAUGAUGAAGAAUGCACAAAGUCAUUAAGUGCCAUUUUCUCUACUGAUGAAGUAUUACAUUCACUACCUUUUCCAUGUGUGCAAUUACCACCAAACCUGACUUAUGCCUUGAUUAAGAAAAUGUUAGAGGAAGGUUUAGAAUCUGUUAGUGAAAUGAUCACAAAUCUUUCAGGUGACAAUGAUACACAGAGUAGCAUAAUGGCUUUGCAACAGUUUAGUGAACAAUUUUCCUUUGUUCUGAAACUUCUUAAAGAAAAUUCAAAGUCCACCAAAGUUAAUAACGAACAAAAAGUAAGACGUAAAAAUCCAAACAAUAAUCCUAGAUUAAAUCGUGAUGUCCUAGUUCGUAAUUUUAUGAAAGGCAAUCAUGACUUAGCAUUAUCGUCUUUACUCAGUUGUACUGACAGUGCAUAUUUAAAGACCAUAACUAGUUCAGAUGUUUAUAAACCAAACCUGCUGCAUUGGGCUGCACAUUGGGGAUGGAUUGAUAUAAUUGAAAAGCUGAUUGAUGACCAUGGCUUUGAUCCAAUGUCUACAGAUUUCAAUGGUGAAACAGCUGUUUAUUAUGCUGUAAAAGAAUAUGAGUUUGAAGCUUUUGAAUUAUUGGUCACAAAAUAUCAUUGUAAUCCUCUUCAUAAAAAUGCAGCUGAUGAAACUCCACUUUUUAUGGCAAUAAAAUGUGGAAGCUUUGAUGUAUCUAUUAUCAAGUAUUACAUAACAUCAUUAGGUUAUGAUGGUAAUACUAUUUGCAAUGGUAAGCCCCUUGGAAUUCUUGCUGCAGAGUAUGGCCGACUUCACAUAUUAAAAUAUCUCAUAGAGGAAUGCAAAUUUGAUGCUAACAAAAUGUGUUCAGAAAAUAAUUCAGCUCUUGAUUUUGCAGCAAGAUCUGGGAAUUAUGGCAUGGUAAAGUAUUUGAUAUUAGAGCACAAGUGUGAUCCUAGUCAAGAAAAGGAUUGGUACAGCAUGAAGCCUCUUCACCAUGCAUCAGAGAAAGGGCACAUUUACAUAGUCCGCUAUUUAAUUUCAGAGUGUCAUUGCAAUGUACAUGAUACAGCAAAAGGUUUAUCUUCCCUUCAAUAUGCAGCAGAGAAUGGACAUAUUGAGCUAGUUAAAUAUUUUGUUGUAGAAUGUAAUUGUAAUCCUGAGCCUGCACUUUGGCAUGCUGGAAGCCUUGAAAUAUUACAAUUUUUGAGUAAAAAAAGUGAUAAAAAUCCAGAUUACAAUGUUUCCCUUGCAAAUGCCAUUAAAGGACAACACAUUGAUGCUGUCAAAUAUCUUGUGGAAAAAUGGGGGAAAGAUACAGAUCUAUGUGAUCAAUUGUUUCAGGCAACUCGUAAUCACAACAUUCAAGCAGUGGAGUUUUUGAUUAAUGAAUGUCAGGUCAAUGUAAAAAGCAUAGAUAACAAAGGAAGAACAUUGUUACAUUAUGCUGCAGAAGGUGAAUAUACUGAGAACAAAUUGUUUGUUCUUCAAUGCCUUCUUGCUACUGGUCUUGAUCCAUUAAUAAAAGAUGAAAAAGGUGACACUGCAUUGGAUAUUGCUACUAGCAGGGGUUGGAUGACAAAGGAUAUAUUUGACACUUUUGGAACAACAAAAACAAUGUAUCCUGUUGAUUCAUACGUAAACAUUAUGAUAGUGGGAAACAGUGGAGCUGGUAAAAGCACGCUCGGUAAGGUCAUUGAAAAAACUACAGAUGACUCUUACAAAGAAACAAUUGAUGUUUGUCCUAAUGAAGUUGAGCCACUUACUGCAGGCAUAGUUCCCAUUAAGCUUGAUCACAAACAACUUAGAAAUAUUGUUCUUCAUGACUUUGCUGGCCACUCAGAAUACCAUUUAAGUCAUACUGCAGUUAUAGAGAAUAUUUUAGAAGGAGCAGGUGCUGUCAUCAUUAUUGUAGUUGACGUAUCAAACAGUGACUAUUUGAUACACCUUAAGCAAUGGCUAGGAGUUGUUAGAAAUGAAAUACAAAAAGCAAAAUAUGAUUGCCAUAUAAUUGUAGUUGCAAGUCAUGUUGAUUGUUUAAGCUCUGAUAUGGAGAAAGAGACAAUCAUAGGAAAUAUAGUGUUGGAACUAAAUGAUGAAGGUGACAUCGAAUAUUUGGAUUGUCGUAAACUUUGUGGAGAGAGAUUGGAUUCAUUUUUUUUGAAGGUACAAAAUGCUUGUAGUGUGAUUCGUAAUAAUGAUAAAAGGUCAUUGACAUUGUAUUGCCACAUGAUGUAUAACCUAUUACAGAGUAGUCAAAAAGAAGUUUUAACCUUAAUAGACAUAGUUGAUGAUCAAAUAAACAAAUAUAAUCAUGUCUUUCUUCCUUUUGAUGCCAAACUAAUAUUUAACAUAUUGUCUUCUUUGCAUUCAACUGGGUUAAUUUAUUACCUCAAUUGUGAAGAUGUCGAUGAUGAAGAUGUACUUUAUCUUAAAUUAAAUUACAAUGAUUUUUCACUAUGUAGAAAUGUGGCCGAAGAUUCUAAAAUAUGGGUUGUUAAAAACAAAAUGAAGUUUCUGAAAUAUGUAAAUGGUAUAAUUUUCUCACCUAAAACAUUUAAAGAAAAUCCUAAAAUUAAAGAAAAUGGAAUCAUUACAGUUCCUUUUCUAAAAAGUCUAUUUCCAGAAGAAGAUCUAAUUAUGAUUAUUAGUUUUCUGGAGAGUAUGGGACUCUGCCACAUUGUAUCCCCGCUCUUCUUGCUACAAACUAAUCUUUUGAAGGAGAAAGAUCAAAUCAGUCCCGAAGAUGUCCUUUGCUUGUUUUUUCCUUCACAUGUUGAUCUUCCAAGACCACAAGAUGAUGAUAGUUUUUGCUUUGGCUGGUUCUUAGAAUGCAUAAAGGGUCAUCAGUUGUUUUCUCAAAGGUUCUUCAAUUCUCUUAUAUUGCAUCUUACCCUCAAGCAUUCACCUGAAGAAGCUGCAGGCACUGUAUAUCAUACACGCCAAUGUAACUAUUGGAAGAAUGGAGUAAAAUGGUGUAAUGAGAAUGGUGUUGUGGCAUCAUUAGAACUUGUCAAUGACAGUCGAUGUGUUUUGAUUGUAAUGUCAUGUGAUGAAGGUGAUGAAGAGUCAAUGAUAUCAUUGCGACGAACUAUCAUCAAAGAUGUGUUAAGUAUUUGCAGAAAGUAUUGCCCAACUCUGAAAGUGGAAGAAUUUGUCAUUGAUCCAGAUUGUUUAAAGCAGUACCCAAUUGAGAAACCCAGAGAAACAACAGCUUAUUGUGUAAAGAACAUGAGGAAUAAAAAAAAAGACUCGCAUAUUAAUCCUACAUACCCUAUAUGUAUAUCCUCCAAAACCAAAAGAGGGAAGCGCAUCUGUGAUAUUCUACCUCAUGAACCCGAUUAUGAUAAUCUCUCUAUUUUUGGAGAAGGAGAACAAUACUGUGGCUCAAGAACUCCCCAAACUAAUAAUGACAACAGACAAAAAGAAUUGAGUAUUAAUAACUUGGAUUUCAUUGUUGACACGUUAAGAAAUAAUUAUUUCCCCGAUCGCUACUGGAAAGAACUUGGCCGUCAUCUAGGACUUGAUGAAUCUACACUCGAUGACAUUGACGAAGAAUAUGGAACAUUAAGAGAACGCUUUAAAAAAUGUCUGCAUAUUUGGCUGAAAAGAGAAGACAGUACCAAGCAAACUAAAUCAUGGAAAACACUUGUUGAAGCACUAGACAAUAUGGGACAAAGAGGAGUUGCUAAAAGUAUUAGAAGUGAAACAUUAUCUGAUCGAGAUAGUUAUUAUUAAUUCAUUUAUACUAUUGUUUUUGUUUUAGAUAUUAUUUUUGAUAAAAUGAGAUAUUUUGCUUGUAGUAACAUAAA